UCAGUUUCAAAAUGGCGUCUGAAGAAGGAGGAAAGACAGAAAUAAAAUGUCCAAAUCCAGAAAUAUUGUCUCAAGAAUUAAAGGAAAAAAGAAAAGAAACAGAACUAGAAGAAGCAAAGAAUAAAGAUUCAAGUAAAGAAGAUGAAAAGAGUGCAAAUGAAGUAAAUAAUUCGAGUGAUGAAGAGUCGGACAGUUUCGUAGAUGCUGUUGACGACAUGAACUUGAACGAAAAAACAAAUGAUAAGAUUGGCAAAGAAGGGACUGUAGAAAAUAAUAGUGAACAAGAAAAUAUAGAUGAAUAUUUGGAACCUGAACAACCACUGUCAGAAGAACAGAAAGAGGAAAGAAAAAAAAAAGCUCAAGAAUAUAAAACAAAAGGCAAUGAAUAUUUCAAAAAAUCAGAAUAUCCUGAGGCCAGAGAGCUAUACACAACAGCCAUUAGGACGUGUCCUCCAGAAUUCAAAUCAGAUAAAGCUAUAUUUUAUUCAAAUAGAGCGGCAUGUCUAGUCAAAAUGGAAUUGUACAAGGAUGCCAUACAAGACUCAACAAAAGCCCUGGAAUUAAAUCCUGAAUACCUGAAGGCACGACUAAGGAGAGCACAGUGCUAUGAACAUGAAGACCAGCUAGAAGAGGCAUUAGAAGACUAUCAAAAAGUGUUUGAGAUUGACAAAUCCUGCAUACCUGCAAGAGAGGCUUUGAGGCGACUUCCUGACCAAAUCAAAAUAAAACAUGAAAAACUAAAAGAAGAAAUGUUGGGCAAACUGAAAGACCUUGGAAACGUAUUCCUCAAACCCUUYGGACUAUCAACAGAAAACUUCCAAAUGCAGCAGGAUCCCAACACUGGUGGCUAUUCCGUAAAUUUCCAAAGAUGACAACAUUCAACACCUUUAAUUAAAGUUUGCUUGAAGAAACACRAUGGUUGUAUCAAUAGUAGAAAUAAUAAAAUAUUGCUUGGCUUGCUAAUUAAAAGUCAAAAAUUAUCAUUGAUUCAUCAUCUGUAAAUUUUCGAUGGUUUAUGAUGAAUGUAGGAAAAGCUUUGUUAAUUUGACCAAAAGCCAUUCAAAGACAGGAUCUUUUGUAUUAUUUAAAACCCCACAAUUCUUGUAGCUCAUGAUUAAGUAAUAUUCAGUAAUGUUGAGUUGACUAUGAUUUCCCAGUGCAAGAAACAGAUUACAUUGAAAGAAGCUCAAAUGACAGAAUAUUAACUAUACCUAAAAUUCUCCAUUAAUUUUGUACUGCUGUCAUAGGGUUCUUGUUUGUCUUUUAGAGACAGACUUAUUACUUAGUUUUGAUCGGUGAAAAAUUAAACACAGACUAUAAUGUUUACAUUUAUUUUGGUUCUAGUUUCUGUUUACUAGGUUCUUGGUACUUAUAAGGUUCUAAGUACUGACUCUUUUAAAUCCAAAACCUAGAAAAAAGGUAUUAAAAGGAAAAAAACAUAUUUCCAGUACCGUGCAGUAAAUGAUAUAUAUCCCUUUCAAAUGUUUUAGUUCCAAUUUUAUUCAUUCAAAAUACAAUCAGGGUGAAGCCAUUAAAGUGAAUAAUUUGUUCUGUUUCUUGCUUAUUUUUCUGCAAAAAAAAAAUUCAAAGGUUUAGUGUAGUACUUACUAGUAAAGACCAUAUCAUCAAGUUACUCCAAAAUAYAUAAAAAUUUAGAGCAAAAAAAAUCAUAAUUUGGGUGUGCAGCUGUAUACUUAAAUAUACCUUUUCUUUGUCA